AUGGCCCUGCUGCUGCUCCAGGCCCUGCCCGAGGGGCUGCCCGCCGGCGCGGAGCCCGCCCAGACAGGAGAAGGGUUUUGGCUGGUGUGGACCAUCAUCAUCAUCCUCAGCUGCUGUUGUGCUUGCCAUCACCGCCGCACCAAGCACCGCCUGCAGGCCCAGCAGCGGCAGCACGAGAUCAACCUGAUCGCCUACCGGGAGGCCCAUAACUACUCAGCCCUGCCCUUCUAUUUCCGGUUUUUGCCAAAUUAUUUGCUACCUCCCUAUGAGGAAGUGGUGAACCGACCGCCGACCCCCCCGCCCCCGUACAGUGCCUUACAUCAGCAGUGUGUCCCAGCAGGCAGCAGUAGCACAAUCCCGGACACGCCCAGAGCCCUGCAGCCAGCACAGAGCAGCUCUGCAGCACCCAGCAGCAAUACCAGCAGUACUGACAGCACCGGGGCGCCCGGCCGCGGGGACCCCGAGCCCUCCACCACCGUGCUGGGUGAGAGAGCCGUGGCCAAAACGCAACGCAUGGAGCCCAGCGGCGCCAGCACGGGAGCCGAGCUGGUGGAGAGGGCCGGUCCCGAUAAGGAUACGGAGUGCAAGGAGGAACUGCUGAAAGGUUACAGCUCUAAAAGCUUGGAGCAAAGCGGCGCCAUCCCCGACGCCAAGGACAAGACGCCGGGCAGGCAGCGCCGUUUCACCGGCGACUCGGGCAUAGAAGUGUGUGUGUGUGCAACCGGGCAUCACCACGACGACCUCAAGGACUUUGAUGGGCUCAUUGACGACGCUCUGGACGGGCCCCUGGACUUCUGCGACAGCUGCAGCAGCCGUCCCCACGGGGACGAGGAGGAAGGGCUCUUCAGUGCCACGGAGGAGCUCUUUUUGUUUGCACGCCACGGGGUUUGAUUUACA